AUGGAGGGGGCUAGAAAAGGUGCCCUAAAGAAAUUCUGGGAUCGCAUCCUCUGCACGCAGACCCUGGCUCGCAAACUGCCACGCCUGCGAUCGAAACCAACAAACGAGGAACAAAUAUCUCUGGCUCCCCUCUCCUCCUCCCUUCCAUGCAGCCCAACAGGUUGUAGGGUGAGUCCGCUCACUCUGACAGCCAAGGAGGAACCGACCGGAACGGAGAACGGCCCUGGUGGCUCGGGAACUAACGCGCUUCAAGGUGGGCAUCGCUGCACUCAGCGAGAUCCGAUUCUCCGAACAAGGCCAACUAGAGGAGGUGAGUGCCGGCUACACCUUCUUCUGGAGCGGUCACCCCACGGUAGAGCAACGAGACACUGGCGUCCUCUUUACCCUCCGGAAGGACAUCGCGGGACGAUUGCCCCGUCUGCCGUAG